AUGAAUUAAGUGUGUUCAUAUAAAUAUUGUACUAAUAAAACAGUACUGGAAUUGGAAUACAUUUGUUCUGUUUGUUAAAUAAUGAAAUACUGCUCAUAAAAAUGCAGGGAUACUGAUUGGACUUUGUCUCAUAAGAACAAUUGCAGACCUUGUCAAAUAAAAUCAAAAACUGAACUAAAUGACUCAGCUUCAACGUUAAAAUCGAUUAGAAGAUCAGCAGAAGAUUUUGAAAUCAUCAUUAAGGAUAAUAAGAUGGAAUUGGGCAAAGGUAGUUAUGGGUGUGUUAAAUUGGUAAAAGAUCGUCAAAAUGGAUAAAUGUAUGCGAUGAAAGUGAUGAACAAGAAGUAAAUAUUUGAGUAUUGUUCUGUUGAAAAUCUAAAGAGAGAGAUUAAAAUUUAAAGAAAGUUGCAGCAUCCCCACAUAACAAAGUUAUUUCAUUAUUUUGAAGAUAAAGAGAAUGUAUUUCUUAUAUUAGAAUUAGCAGAAAAUGGCAGUUUAUUCAGCUACAUCAGGAAAAGAAGAAGACUUCCUGAGAACGAAGCUUUCGUAUAUUACUUUUAGACUUGUUUGGGAAUAGAUUAUUUGCAUAAGAAGAACAUCAUUCAUAGAGAUUUAAAACCAGAAAAUUUAUUAUUGGAUAAGUCAGGCAACAUAAAGGUCUGUGAUUUUGGUUGGUCAGCAGAAACAACUUAAAACGGAGUCAGGAGAACCUUUUGUGGAACCCUGGAUUACAUGGCUCCUGAAAUGCUAACCAAUUAGCCAUAUAGUUUUAGUUUAGACAUUUGGUGUUUAGGAAUUUUAUUAUAUGAAUUAAUACAUGGUUAUGCACCAUUUAAAGGAAGGACUGAAAAUGAGAAAUGCAAUAAUAUCGUGAAAAUGGCUCCUAUAGAGUAUGAUCCAACCUUGUCAAUAGAGGCUAAAUAGUUGAUUCAGGGAAUAUUAAAAUUCAAUCCAGCUGAAAGACUUUCAAUGAAUCAGAUAUUUGAUCAUGUAUGGAUGAAGAAAUUCUACAAAAGUUAUGGGAUUGACCUAAGAUCAUACAUGUAUAAGGAGGACAAACAAAAUGAUCUAUCUAGUAGAUCAAUCUCACCAUAGAAUGAAGAUUUAAUGAGUAGAUCAUUUAAUAAAAAUACAAAAUAGAUUAGCAGUAAUGGCGAUAUAAAAAAUUUAUCAAAAUCAUCAAAUUAUGUAAUUCCAUAAAAUGUUAAUAACAAUUGCAAGUCUACAGCUUGUUCUAAUUAUAAUUAGGAUGAUGAUUUUAAAACUAGAGUAAGUAGAGUAUCCCAAAGGUAAUAAAUGGCUCAAGGAUUAAGAGAAAUACAAGCUCCAUAAUAAAGAUAAGAGGAAAUGGGAUUUAUGGAUAAGGUAUUUUCUGCUUUUGGGUGUUUGAGCAGAGAUAAACAAUAAUCAUAAUCUCAUAAUUAUUGA